AUGUCAACAGCGGAGGAUUCACCGGCACAGAGAGCCGCUCGCAUUCGUCGUGAGCGUCGCGAGGCCAAAAUCAGGGAAGGAGGCUCCGCACGUCUGGACAAGAUCACCAGUCUCAGCGGUCGCACCCCGCAGUCACUCCACGAAGAGACCUCCCCCUCUCCUCAACCCACCCUACGCCCCGAACCCGCCAUCUCUCAAUCUCCUCCCCCAUCCUUGCAAGACCAGCAAUCGAUAGAAGCCCUUCAAGCUCAGCAGGAUGCCUUCCGCGCGCUACUCCGACAAGCCGCUCCUGAAAUGGCACAAAAUGAAGAUGCCAACGAAGUAGAGGACCCCACACUCAAAUUGCUUAACUCCCUCCUUGGUGCCAUGCCCGGCGACCCCAACGCGCCUCCAUCAAUGCCCGGCGCACCAGGCCCAGCAGGUGGAUUCCCCGGCCAGGAUGCAGGCGCGGGUGCUGGACUCGGAGUUGCGGCUAUCGCAUCUGCUCUCGGUCUGCCGCCCUUCAUUGCCAACCUGAUCGGUGGAGCUCUCCAGACACCGCAGGAAGACCCGAAGAGUGUACGAGUAUGGAAGACCCUGCACAUCCUCUUUGCCUUUGCUGUGGCUUUCUAUCUUCUCUUUAUCAUUGGAACAUCUGUUGCAGUCUUCGGUAGCUUGCCUCCGAAGCCUGCGACUAUGCAGAAUCCAUUUGUUAUCUUUGUUACGGGCGAGCUGCUUCUAUCUGGAGGACGGGUAUUGAUUGGGGGACAAAAGGGAAUCCGCACGGUAUUCAAAAUUGUUAAGGAUGUUAUUCGUGAUGGCAGUUUGAUUCUUUUUGCAUUGGGAUUGGGAGCCUGGUACACUCGUGAAUGGCAGGUUGCUGGUUCUGCGUCUUCUUAA